ACGCCCUCACCGAUUAUUAAACCACGCCCACAUCAUAGCAUCUCUAUCUUGUUUUGAUUUGGCCACGCCCUCUUUGUACAUGACUUUGUACAUGCUUUGAUUUGACCACACCCCUUGUGUAUUCGCCCCGCCUCCAUGUUUCAUGAUUCUAUCUAGCUCUCAUUCUGUUUUAGAUUUGCUUUGGUUUCGUCUUUGGAUUUUAUUAUUUUUAUUUUUUAAUUCAGAAACCAUACAGGGAGACGCUUGAAGGUUUCAGUCGCACCACAAAAGCUCCAUUAAGUCAGGCAUCCGUCUCCAAGUGUCUACCAGCUGACCAAAACCAGUGCAGGAUAGCUGCAGGACGAACAGGCAGAGCUACAACCAAACACAAGUGCUGGACUGCCCGCUUUAACCCGGUUCUGAAGGAUGGCUGUCCCUGUAGCCAUGUACCUCUUGGUUGCCUCCAUGCUGUUGUUGGCUGUAGUGAAGUGUGACAGCAUCAACUUCUAUAACAUCAGGCCUCCUGUAGAUGCGACUCCAUAUCCCAAAAGCUUCAAGUGCUUCACAUGCGAGCAGGCCUCAGACAACUACAGUUGUAAUCGCUGGGCUGAAGACAAGUGGUGUCCUCAGAAUACACAGUACUGCAUGACCAUACAUCAUUUUGGUCGACACGGAAAAACAAAGUUUGUAACGAAAAGGUGCGCUUCAUUCGACGACUGCAACUUGACAGGAUGCCGACAUCACAUGAACACGCACCACGCGGAGUGUGUGUCAUGCUGCGAGGGCAUGGCAUGUAAUGUGGAGAUUCCCACUAAUCACACCAACGCCGUGUUCAUGCGGAUUCAGGAUUUCAGCUCCGCCGCGACACGCAGCAGCAGCAACAGCUGGACUCGCAUAUUUCUACUAACUGCAGCUCUCGCAGCGCUGUUACCUUUGUGACAAUAUCACAGUGCUGCUGAGCCUGCAAAUAUCCUGCUGGAAUACCACUGGCACAUAGCUAAAGGGCUACCAGGAGUCUUCAAGAAAGCCGAAAGUUCCUCCUCAGUGUUGGACGUAUAAAAGCAGCCAAUCGCAAUAGCAAAGCUGUCACACUGACGUGACCGAAAGUCCAGCCAGUCAGCGCAAACCAAGAAGCCAUGGAAUCAGAGACUUUGCCAAUGUCAACUGUUUACCAAUGGCAUGCUAAAUAGGAUGGACAAAAGGAAUCAUUUAACUGCGAGGAUGUUGAUUCCCUUGAGUAAUGCUUCAUUGGGUUUGUAUUGACCCUGUUGAAGGACACAUACAGGACUGAGGGAUUCUGGGAUGGUGGGACGACCUCGUCCAAUGGCUUGGAGCCCAGAGACUGUCCCAGAAAAAGCCUAACAAGACGACAAAACUGCAAAGCCACUCUCUUACACAGAACUCGGAAGAGAUCUAGCAGUAAGGCUUCGAGAAAGUGGACAGACUUUUUAAUGUUUCAUGGUCGCAUUUUGGUUUAGAAAUCUCACAUUAAGAAAACAUGUGACUAACAGUGCUAGCUGAAGCAGCAAAUCAGUGGACGCUUUGAGACAUGCAACUGAACAGAUAUUCAUAGCAGUAUUUGUGAAUAAAGAACAAAUAAAGAAUAAAAACCCUCAAUGAAAGUAUUAUUAUUUAUUUUAUUUUUUUAUUUUUUGCCAUUUACACCAAUAUUGCCACUAUGAAAUA